AUGUCACGUCCUAUGAUGAUACCGACCUUAAGCCCAAAAUUUUUUUUCGGUCUCACUACUCAAGUGAACGGCAAUUGUUUAUUUCUAAAUGAAAAUGAAAUCGUCUAUCCAGCGUCUGGUGUCCUCGUUAUUUACAACACUGCUCAUCAUAAACAAAAAUAUAUACACCUGGCCGAACCACAAAAAGUCAUCACUGCUAUGGCCCUCUGCAUUAACAAAAACGUUAUAGCUGUGGCAGAAAAAGGUGACAAGAAGAAACCUACCAUCAGUAUUUAUGACCUGGACUCAAUGAAACGAAAAAAACUACUAACCGUGUUAACGGAUUUGAAAACCGAUAAUUUCAUUAAUAUCAAAUUCUCAUUUGAUGAUACUUAUUUGGCAGCCCUCACUAAUGGACCGGAUUUUAUGAUGUACUACUACAAUUGGGAAAAUUCAAAAAUCGAGAGCUACGUGAAAGCUAGCAACCCUCCAAAUGCCGAAGGACCAGUGUUAGACAUGGCCUUAAAUCCAUCCGACAAUACUAUAUGCUGUUUUGUUGGUAAAGGGCUAUUCCGGCUAGUCACUAUCAGUGAUUCUAUUUGGCGGCAGUAUGGUUUUCAAAAAGCCGACAACUUGGAUUUUUCCACUGUAUGUUGGUUGAACGGUGAUAGGAUUUUAGCUGGUACUAUGGAUGGUCGUAUAAUAAUAGUAGAGAAUGGAGAGCUUAUAGCUAUGUACAACGUUAAAACAAUGAUGGAUUUUGAUCCAAAAAAUAGAAUAAAAGCUCCUUUAGACGUAGUUCCCUUAUCAAAAGAAAGUAAUCAACGAAUGGACAUAAGAUGCUGUAUUCCGAUCAAGAUAGGUUUAAUAUUCGUAUUUGGCGAUUCCUGUGUUUAUUACUACGAAAAAACUAAUCACAGAUACAAAAGACGAAAUGAAUUCUUGAAGCAAACUGACUCAAACUUAAAUGCUCUGGAUACCGAUAGACCUAUGCAUAACAUAGAGACACUGUCUAUAAGUCCAAAAAACCUAAAAAUGAUUUGUGUUACAAGGAGGUCUCAAUUGUUUUGGGCACCGUUGGCUGAAAUUCCAGACACAUAUAUGAACGCACAGAAUAUUGUUUACUUUAAGCCUCUUGGUGAAGACUUGCAUCAUGGUGGUAUCUCCAGCUUGUCAACGUGUAAAUGGAAACCAAUAUUCAUAACUUGUGGCAAGGUUGACCACACCAUUAGGGUUUGGAACUAUUUGAAUUGUUCAUUAUUACUGUCACAACAAUACCAAGAAGAUGUGUUUAGUGUUUCACUACACCCUUCUGGGUUAUAUUCCGUAGCCGCGUUCACGGGGAAAGUCGAGUUCCAAUUGGUGCACACAGAAGGUCUGAAAUCGUGGAGAGAGUUCGCUGUGACGAGUUGUAACUUGACCGAAUUUAGUACGUCCGGUCACAUGUUUGCUUUAGCUAACCAAUUCGACGUUGAUGUGUAUUGUUCGGUGAAAUUUGAAAAAAGGUUUACGUACAAAGGACAUUCAAGUACGAUCACGGCUAUGGUAUGGGCACCAAACGAUAUGAAACUAGUCACGUGUGGAAUAGAUGGUGCUAUUUACGAAUUCAAUACAAGGACUGGUGAAAGGGACAUGGAUAUCGUACAUUCUAAAACGAUUUAUAUGGAUUUGGCCAUUUCAAACGACACUAAUCAGAUUUUCCCAGCUGCUCAAGAUGGUCGAUUCAAAGAAAUAAAUAAUCAAUCCGUGGUCCGUGAUAUAGACUUGCACCAAGGUGCAUUAGACGCGAUAGUUUUGUCAAGAUCAGAUUUAAUUCUAUUCGUAGCAGGUCAAAAUGGUGUUGUGUUAUCAUUAAUGUUACCUAUCAUGGCUGAAAUCAAACACAAAGAGUUUAAUAUGCACAACAAGAAUAUUACAAAGAUGAGUAUGACAAUUGAUGAUUCAAACUUGAUCACCUGUUCGUCAGAUGGGAGUAUAUGUAUAUGGGAAAUUAAGGAUGCUGAAGGCAAAAAGGUUAUUUUAAAUGACCAAUUCGCAUAUUCUGAUGAUAUUCUAGUGAACGCUUUGGAGUUAAAGAACAAAAUCGAAAAUAUGGCAGAACUUAAAAUGAGAGUAAAUGAGUUGGAAAGGGAAAGCAAAUAUCAAAUUACUCAACUUAUAAAAUCUAAAGAACAACAGAUCCAGGAAUUGAAUAAUAACCAUUCGAUCGUUAUGAAAAUAUUGGAAAAUAAAAAUACGGAAAUAACUAAAAAACACAUGGCUGAUAAGAGUAGGUUAGAAAUGGAACUAAACCUUUUAAAAGAUUCACAUGCUCAAGAGUUGGAAGAAUUGGAAGCUAAUUAUAAUGAAAAACUCUUAUACGAAUACGAAAAAUAUGACACACUUCAAAAUGAGUUAAUUAAAACUAACUCGGAAUUGGAAAAAGAUAUGAACAAAUCUGAAUUUGAACAAAACGAAAAAUUACAGAAAAUAGUAGAUCAAUUUAAAAUAAAACUUAAUGAAAAAGAUGAAAAUAUUGUAAAAUUAAAAGAACAAUUGAUUAAAGAUAAACAAAGUAUGUCUGAUCGUAUGUGUAAAAUCGAAGAGGACGCAGAUCGGGAAGUAUUGGAAAAAAAGGCUGACUUUGUGAAUAAAUUGAGAGAAUUGAAAAAAAUUAAUUUAAAUCUUAGAGGCGAACUUGGAUCAUACAAAAUGAAAGCUAAAGCAGCGUCAAAGGAAGCAGAAGACUUGGGUGGUCUAAUUGAAAAAUACGAAGAGGAUAUAACUCAGCUGAAAGUAUCAGUCAAGAUCGAAGAACAGACAAUCUUAGGCCUUAAGAAGCAAAUACAAGUUCGUGACGAUAUUAUAGAGCAAAAGGAAUCGCGGAUUUUCGAGGAGAAACUUAAAAUGAAAGAUAUAGAAAAACAAUUGUUGCUGAUGAAAGAAAAUGUUAGUGAACUAGAACAAACGGUCGAGCCAUUAAUAAUGGAAAUUCAAGAUAAAAAAAAAACUAUUGAAGACAUGGAAUCGGAAAUGUUAGGUAUGACAGCAGUGGUAAAGCAAAUGCAAUUACGCUUAUCCGAACAGCGUGACAGAUUGAAGGCGUGUGGCCUGGAGCUCGAUAAAAAAGAACAGACAAUCCGAGAGGUCAACCGAAUUGUAAAAAACAUUCAAGUUGAUAUCCACUCGGCCAGUGAACAUUAUCAAAAUUCGGCAAAGCUAAAAGCCGCAGUUAAAGAUUUGUUUAUUAAAUAUGGAAAUACAAAAACAUUUGAAGUAUCUAAAGGUGAAGAGUUUGACACCAGAAUGGAGUUUACAAGACAGCGGCAAUUUUUAGAACAGUCCAUUAUCAGCUUAAAAAAACGUGUAAAUGCGUGUGAAAAAAAAAACAAUUCCUAUAACAAACUUAUGGAUGAAAAUAUAACCCUCAUUGAUACAAUCAAUAAAUUAAGACAAGAACUCAAGGCAAACUCUAAGAAAUAUAACAACUUAAAAUUAAUUUUUAAAAUUAAAGAAAGUAAAAACCAAAUUACUAAACAUUAAACAAGUUAAAAAUAACAAUCUUCAGAAAUAGAAAGCUGUGACAAAUUUAGAUGCAGUUGAAUAAUAGCAUAAGGAACAUAAUUUAUCGCCAAUUAAAACAAAUUUUGAAUAUUUUAUUUUAUUGUAAUGCUGUUGUUAGUAGUGGUUAAUAUUUAAUGUUUAUUUGAUUUUAGUCUUUAGAAAUAAUAGAACAUAAUAGAAUAUAUUUUACUGACUGAACAAAAAUAUGUAAGUAAUAUAACACUUAUUAUAAUAUCUUGAUUUUUUUAUUUUAUAUAAUCGCAAUUUAUAAGUAUAUAAAUAUGAAGUUAAGUAAAUUUUAAAACAAAUUUAAUAUAAUGCUAUAUUUUGCCAUCUUUAUAUUACUUAUGCAAUUUUAUACUUUACUUUAGUGACUAGUUUAAAUAAAAUAAAUAUUAGUUAAGUACUGUCUUUAUAUUAACAGUCUCCAUUCUCUACAUUAAUGCAUUAUAAUGAUCAUAUUAAUAUAUAUUUUUAUUUUUUAAAUAGUUAAAUUAAUUAUUUAAUAAUAUGUUCAAUUAAAUACGAUCAAUUUGAAUAUUUUCUUUAAAAUAGUUAGAAUUUACAGUGUACAGGAAGACCUGACAGAUGAAAUAACUUUUGUUCUAUUCAAUAUUUUAAAAUUUUUUUUAUAUAUCUUUUUAAUAGUUUAGUGCUACACGUAUAAUAUAAAAAAAAUUAUUUUUAUUUUUUAAUACUGAAAAUAAAAAAAAACUUAUUUCUAAAUCUGAUUAUAAGAACAAUUUUAAUGCAAAAAAACAUCUAUCUAAGUCAAGUAGUUUAUUUUUUAGAAUUUUUUAUAGUAAAUUAAUUUAGAACGUAACAACUUUUUUUAUAAUAUUUUUUGACCUAAGUAUAUUUCUUAAAUUAUUUAUUAACCAAAUA